AUGGCUGAUUCUUCUACCUUGCGUUUGGUUCGUUGCCCCAAAUGUGAAAAUCUACUUCCUGAACUGGCUGAUUAUUCUGUUUAUCAAUGUGGUGGUUGCGGUGCUGUUCUUCGAGCGAAACAGAAAGGUUAUGUGAGUGGUAGUUUGUCUGAUGAGGGAAAAGUUGGAGAGGGUUCUGGAAAAUUAGAGAAAGGGUUAGUUGAUUCUAGUAAUGAUUCAAAUGUUGUUGAUGUUAAAUCUAGUAAUGGUGUCUCUAGGUUUGAUAAUCAUAGGGAUAAGGACGAGGGAGUUCGAAAUCCGAGUGAAUUGGAUGAGAAAGGGGUUUUGGAGAAUGGUGUUGAUGUUAUAAGAGAGAAUGGUGGUGAAGUGAGUAAAGAAAUGGAAAGAAAACAGGAGGAACUCAAGUCUCGAAUCGGUAAUGAAAAUGGGUUUGAUCUCACUGGUAGAAAUUCUAAUUUGCGAAAUGGGGAGAGAACUGAGAUGGAGGGGUUUCGGAGAAAGUUACAAGGUGAAAUGGAAAAUGUGAGAUUUGCUAGUUCUAGUUAUCCUGAUGAAGGACCUUCAAAUGGAUAUUCUGGUUUUUCUAGUGGUUAUAAAGAAUCAUGGAGGGGUCAUAAAGCAAAAGAUGGUGCAGAUAGGGUUCAGCACCUUGAGCAAGAUCGAGCCGAGCUUUUAAGGAAGCUCGAUGAGCUAAAACUCCAGCUCAGUAAGUCUUCUGCUGAAGUGGUUAACAAUCAGAAGGAAAAGGCUCUUCUUGAUGAAAGGAUGAUUCCUCCGGAUCCUCAUCAUCAAUUUGGUGGCUCGGAUCCUUGGUUUCCGGAUGGAUCGUCGGGAUUAAACCGGACUUCAAGGCAAUUUUUUGGACCUGAUAAACAUGUGGCAGGUCCCCCUCACCGUGAUUAUCAUCAUGAUCCGUAUCCUUAUAUAGGCGGUCAUGAAACGGCUAUGCCUAAUUUCCAUCCUUCGAUGCAUAAUCCAAAUCAAUAUGGGGACCCUUUUGCGUCUCAAAUGCUGAGGAGAGGUCCACAUCAAUUCUCGCAGCAAUCAUUGCAUCCCUACCUUCCUGGAUGGUAUGUUGAUCCUAAUCCAGAUUCAUAUGAAAUGUAUGCGCAUAAUAGUAAUAAUGCAAUGCUUCACCCACUUUCUUGCUCUUGUUUCCAUUGCUAUGACAAUAAACAAAGAGGUUCAGUGCCGGGGCCGCCUGCUCCAUUCGUUAACAGCAGGUUUCCUGAUGCCCCAAAUGAUCGUAUGUUAUAUCAUCAUCAUGAGAUCCCUGGGACAUUUGGAUCACAUGCUCAUAAUUCUAGAGCUUCAAUUCCCACAGCGCGUUUUGGUGAAAAUCAGUUACAUACGAGAUGGCCUAGUGACUUCAAUGCUGAGUUUGGUGGUGGUGUUCGAAACCGUUCUCGUAAGGUAAUGCUAGCUAGUAGCAGCCGACGUUGCCGUCCUGUGGCCGGUGGUUCACCUUUUAUCACAUGCCAUAACUGCUUCGAGUUACUGCAACUGCCUAAAAAAGCACUUGUUCUUGUGAGAAAUCAUCAGCAGAAAGUGCGAUGUGGAGCUUGUUCUUCCGAAAUCAGCAUUUCUGUCAUCAAUAAAAAACUGGUUAUAUCUCCUCAUUCAGAAAUGAAUGGAGCUCCCUCAAGGAUUGAUGAUAGGUAUAACGAGGUUCUGAAUGGCCGUGUGUCACAUGCCCGUGGUCUUGCAAACAGGAGCCGUGCCAACUUCUCAUCUGAUGAUUAUUCUGGUUAUGAUUUUCUCUCGGUAGAUAGAGAAACCCUUUCAGCAGUUGCUUUAAACUCUAACAAGUCGCAGGAGAUGCCGAGUUUUCAUACCUCAGCUUCUAGUACAUCUGAAGAUGAAAAUAGUUCAGAAGCAAUGACUGCUUCAAGGGAGGCUGUGAAGUCUAUUCUCCGGCCUACGGCAGACUCUCUAUCUCCUCCUUUUGGGUCACCUCCACAGGAGUAUAUUGAUCACUCUAAUAAUAACCGCACUGUUAAUCGGUUUGGAAAAGGAAACCGAAGUAGUCGGUCAGAGCAAGACAAGGCAAAGUUGGAAAAGAUUACAUCGCGUCAAAAUUCUUUGAAAGAAACAGCGGUUGCAACUGAAAUGGAUGUCCUUGAUUAUUCCAACACUGGAGUCUCCCAGGAUUCCAGAGAUGCUAGCCGAGAACACGAUCAUCCUAGAUCUAACAGAGGGGGUGAAUCAUUCUUUGCAAACAUAAUCAAGAAAAGCUUCCGAUCUAGUCAAACAGAUGAUCGUGGAAAAAUUAAUGUUACUGUGAACGGAAAGCCCUUGUCAGAUCGUGUGGUUAAGAAGGCUGAAAAGCUUGCAGGACCAAUCCAGCCUGGAAAUUAUUGGUAUGAUAUUCGGGCUGGAUUUUGGGGCAUCAUCGGCGGGCCUUGUCUUGGAAUAAUUCCACCAUUUAUAGAAGAGUUCAAUCAUCCCUUGCCAGAAAAAUGCUCCGGUGGGAAUACCGGUGUUUUUGUAAAUGGUAGGGAACUUCAUCAGAAAGAUUUGGAUUUGCUUUCUGGAAGAGGUCUUCCACCUGAUGGAGAUAGAUCGUAUAUCAUCGAAAUUUCUGGGAGAGUCCUCAAUGAAGACACAGGAGAAGAGCUGGACUGCCUUGGCAAACUCGCACCAACAGUGGAGAAAGUGAAACAUGGAUUCGGUAUGAAAGCACCUCGAGCAGCUCAAUAA